AUGGCAAUGCACACUCGCCUCCGUCGCCGCUCUCCCUCGCCACGCGAACGCCGCCAGCACAAACGCCGCCGGCCAGCCGAUGACGACCGCCGGGAGGAACCGCCGAGGGAGCCGGCGGCCACGCAGGUGAUGCUGCGCGGCUUCGACGACCGCCUCUCGGCGCGCGAACUCGUCGACGGCCUGGAGGCCGAGGCGGGCACGGUCUGGCGCUGCCGGGUCAAGACUUCCGUGACGCCGCCCGGCUCCUACCCCGACUUCCAGCUCCAGCUGCCCCUCGUCCCCGACGCCACGGCGGCGUCCAGGGCCGCGACGUCGCCGCACGACGGCUUGGUGCCCGCGCACGCCUUCGUCCACUUCGCGAGCCCGGGGGCCGCGGGCCGCGCCGCCAGGUCCGGGCUCCAGCUCUACGCCGGCGGCAGCGGCAGGAUGCGUACUCCCUCCGACGUGAUCAGCAGCUCCCUCCGCGCCGCCCGCCGCCGCCACCACUGCGACGCCAAGCCGAUGCUCUUCCCGGACUCGCGCGUCGAGGCCGGCGACCUCGUGGCGCCCGGCACCUUCCUCGCCGCCUGGCGCGCGGCGGACGGCCCCGCCGGCGCCUCCGCGCUCGACUUCGUGGUGGACCCGUCCGACGGCCGCUGCCGGCUGCUGUUCGCCCGCGACGCCGCGUUCGUCUCCCCCGGCGCCGCGGCGCUGCUGAUGCUGUGCUGCGACGUCAAGCUGGAGUUCCCCGUCGGCGACGUCGUGCGGGCCCUGGCGUUCAUGGACGACGACUCGCUGCUGCUCCAGCUCUCGGCCGCGCCCCUGCUGUACUACCGCACGGCGGGGUACGACGUCCACGGCCCGGUGCCCUUCGACCUGAUCGACGACGACCCGUGGAUCCGGACCACCGACGUCACCCCCAGCGGCGCCAUCGGCCGGUGCCGCGCGUACCGGGUGUCGUUCGGGACGCGGUUCUGGCCGGCGAUGAAGGCCGCGUUGGAGUACAUGAAGGGGCAGGGGGUGCUGGUCGAGAUCCUUGACACGCGGUGGCGUGGGCUCACCGUCCACGACGAGCCGGAGUUCGGGAUGCCAAUGCAGGACAUGUUCUUCUCCGUGCAGCGUGUCGAGGGGCUGAGCUUUCCGGUGCUGUACAUGGUCAAUGCGCUGCUGCACAGCGGGGUAGUGAACCAGCACCAGCUGACGCCCGAUUUCUUCGGCUUACUGAGGAGCGAACGCGACGCUGUGAAUGUUGCUGCACUGACAAGAUUGUUGGCAGGAAAGUUUCAAGAGUUUGAUGUCUGCCCGAGGUUGAAGAAUGCGCAGGAUUGGGCUGCCAGGAAACCCAAGCUUCUUGGUCUUCACAGCAGAAGAAAGGUUGGUGCCGAUUACAAUGCCGAGAUGCGGAGGCUGGUGAUCACUCCCACCGGGGCUUACUGUAUGCCACCACAAGUGGAGCGCUCCAACCGCGUCAUCCGGCAUUACCAACAUGAGGCAGACCGGUUCUUGAGGGUAACUUUUAUGGAUGAGGGUAAGCAGCGGCUGAACACCAGUGCGAUGAACUUGUAUGUGGCGCCGGUUGUCAAGGACAUGAUGCCCAACUUGUUCCAGCAGCAGAAGACAACAGUUUACAGGCGUGUCCAAACAAUCUUGACCGAGGGUUUCCAAAUGUGUGGCAGGAAGUACUCAUUCCUUGCAUCCUCAUCGAACCAGCUUAGGAGCAGAUCAACUUGGUUCUUCGCAGAGGAUACGAUCACGACGAUCGCAAGCAUUAGAGAGUGGAUGGGACAGUUCCCAAGUAAUAAUAUCGCAAAGCACACUGCUAGAAUGGGACUUUGCUUCACAUCUACAUAUCCAACGGUGACGAUACAGCAGGAUGAGAUGGAGUUUCUUCAGGAUGUCAAUCAUAAUGAAUACAACUUCUCUGAUGGAAUUGGCAAGAUCACACCAAAACUCGCAUUGGAAGUUGCGAAGAAGCUGCCGCUGACGGAUAACUACGUCCCGUCUGCGUUCCAAAUUAGAUUUGCAGGAUUCAAGGGUGUGGUAGCUGUGUGGCCAGGUGAAAAUGAAGAGACACGGUUGCUUUCCCUCAGACCAAGCAUGAAGAAGUUCGAGUCUGACCACUAUGUGUUUGAAGUGGUGUCCUGGACAAAGGUACAGCCGGCAUUCCUGAACCGCCAGAUUAUAACAUUGCUAAGCACCUUGGGUGUACCAGAUUCUGUCUUUCGGCAAAUGCAGAAUGCAAUGCUUCAUAAUCUCGACAGGAUUUUAACGCACAGUGAUGUGGCAUCUGAGGUUGUAAGGACAUGUUGCCCUGAACAUGGAAGUACUGCAGGGCUGAUGCUGAGUGCUGGGUUUUCUCCUGCAAACGAACCACACCUGCGAGCAAUGCUCUUGGCUAUCCGGUCCUCGCUGAUGCAGGGUCUUUUGGAGAAAGAAAGGAUUUCUGUGCCCAAGGGAAGGUGGUUGGUUGGCUGUCUUGAUGAACUUGGGAUCCUUGAGCAUGGACAAUGUUUUAUCCGGGCCUCAGCACCAUCUGUGAACAAGCAUUUUCUGAGGCACAGCCCAAUAUUUCCCUCAGCAAGCAAAAGGGCAAUGGCCAUUGUUGGUACAGUUGUGAUCGCAAAGAACCCAUGUCUUCAUCCAGGGGAUGUCCGUAUCCUUGAAGCAGUUGAUGUUCCAGAACUGCAUCACCUUGUUGAUUGCUUGGUCUUUCCCAGGAAAGGUGACAGGCCACACGCCAAUGAAGCAUCAGGGAGUGAUCUCGAUGGGGAUAUCUUCUUUGUGACUUGGGAUGAAAGACUUGUACCUCCGGGCAAACGAAGCAUGCCCCCUAUGGAUUACUCCCCAGCUGAAGCGAUACAGCUACUUCGCGAAGUACUUCCACAUGAUAUCAUUGAUUUCUAUUUGGAGAACAUGGUAAGUGACAACCUCGGUCGGAUAAGCAAUGCUCAUGUUGUUCAUGCUGACCGUAGCAAUUCCGGAGCGAUGGAUGAGAAGUGCAUUCAGUUGGCGGAACUAGCAGCCAUUGCUGUGGAUUCCCUUAAGACCGGGAAAAUUGUAACAAUGCCAACUUACCUUCGACCAACAGAAUAUCCUGACUUCAUGGGCAAGGAAGAUGCCAUCUCCUAUAAAUCUGAAAAGAUCCUUGGAGAGCUUUAUCGGUCAAUUAAAGAAGCAUAUGGGUCUGAUUUAGUUUCACAAGGUACCAGCACUUCAGAUGAUCUUACUUAUGACAUGGAUCUAGAAGUUCCAGGGGCAUCAGAUUUCCUCGAGGAUGCUUGGCAGUGCAAGUGCUCGUACGAAGAGCAGUUGAAUGCGUUACUUAGUCAAUACGGUGUGCGCACUGAAGCAGAGCUUGUGAUAGGGGAGGCAUGGUCUCUUACAGGAGACAAUAAGAAGCGAGACUAUGAGACACAAGAGAGGCUCAACGACUUAUAUUUCCAACUCCACCAGGAGUACCGAAGUAUAUUUGAAGGCAAUGCUGAGAUAUCCAUGGAGAAGAAAAAUCUAGUGUAUGAGACCAAAGCAUCCGCGUGGUACCAGGUAACAUAUCACCCCAACUGGAUCCAACGAUCAAGGGAAAUGCCUCCAAGAUUCAGCUUUCCAUGGAUUGCUGUAGAUUACUUAGCAAAGAUAAAGGCGAGAAAGACUGCAAAAAGUUUUUAUAGAUGA